UAAGACAUACAUGCUCAUGCUCAGAUCACUAAAAGGCCAUGAAGAUUAAAGUCCUGUUCUUUUGCUUUGUCCUGGGACAAAUACAUGUGGUUUAUCUAACAGAGAUCUACGUAAAUCUGGGCUCCUCCACCGACCUUCCCUGUUCGUUUCAUUCUCCGACGAACGAUGAGCUCAUCAGCAUCGCCUGGUCCUUCAGAGGCUCCAUCAACACAUCUAACGACUACACGAACCGAAGCAUCGUCCUGCCCUCUAACACGUUGGCACUCGAAGGCUCUUCUUCCCUGAUGGUGUAUAAAGCUACACCGUAUCAUCAGGGUUCGUAUGAGUGCAACGUGAUGACCAAUGUUACCAGUUACUCCAGCAAAGUCACACUGACCAUUUUGGCUCCACCUUCAAUAUCAGUUCCUUCGACAAAUGUCAUUUUGGGUCGAGAGAGCAUAAUAGAGUGUUGGGCAAGAGGAUUCAGCCCCGCCAACAUCACCUUCAUUUGGACGCGUGCCGGCAAAGAGCUGAAAACAACCGAGAAAUUCGUAACAAACCUGACAGCUGACGGUCUUCACGAAGGGCUCAGUCAGAUUGUGUUCGUCCCUAAACCUGAAGACAGAAACACCACCUAUGGCUGCGUGGUGCAUCACGAAUCUCUGGAAAAACCACUCGUCCAGGAGUUCACCCUGAGUAUCACCAUCCUCCCUAAAGUCACCGUGUCUGUCGUGCCAUCCUCUUCCCGCUCGUCCCCCCUCACGCUUGCCUGCGAGAUCAACGGAUUUUACCCGCAGGAUUUAUCGGUGACGUGGAUCCAAAGCGACGGCGUCCUUCCCGAGUAUCCUCAGAUCCGACGGAACGCCGAUGGAACGUACAGGACGCGGCGCUUUCGCACUCUUAGUACGGAGGAAAGAAACCGAGCUGGACAGGUGCAGUGUAUCGCCGAGCAGCCUGAAGUAUUUCAACCGGCGCUGAGCUCCAUUAAUCUCUCGGCCGCUGACCCACUGGCGCAAAAUCUGGUUUUAACUAAAUCUGCAAAAGCCUCUGUGGCGAUGAUGAUCAUCUCGUUGCUUCUUGUCUUCCUGCUGUGCAUAGGCUUCUCCUGGAAAAGGAAGGAUGAAAAGCAAAAGAGCCUGAGCGUCUCGGCCAUCAUCCUGCCCCCGCGGAUAGUGGUGGGGCAGAAAGGACGAAUCACGGUCAGCAUAGAGGGCAGACGAGCAGACCAAGUUCAAACAGCCUGGUUCCUUAACGAUACCCCUAUUUUAGACACUACUUAUUCAGGAGAAAAAAGCUACGGUUCGAGCUACAGAUGCUCUAAAGGUCUGUCUUCAAGGAUGUCCAGUACAUCUCUGUCGUCUGAAAAAGGCCCCCUGCUGGCAUCGUCGGCUCCUGGGUAUUACAAACUGCAUUCGCGCCAACCCUUGUACUCCACCGGCCCCAUCAAACACUUCCUCUCCUCCUUUACAUUCAUCCCCAUCCUGCCGGUCCACAAAGGGGCCGUCUUCAAAUGCCAGAUCUCUUAUAAAGGGAAAGAGAAGAUAUUGAUGGAGAGAGUUUCAGAGAAAUUAACGGUUCUGUCACCUCCCGAGGUUUCAGAAAUUCAACUAUCAGAGCCGAACAAAGAGACAGGUAUCGUCACCAUGACCAUCGCGGCCUCACAUUUCCACCCUGACGUCAUAACCUUCCGCUGGUUUUGUGAGGGAGGAGAACUGUGCCCGGUGGCCAUCCCUCCGGCCCUGGCGUCGCCGCGUCCGGACGCCCAUGGCUUUUUCUCGGCCAAGAGCCAGUGCAGACUGUCUCAGAACGAGCUGCUGAGAGGAGAGACGUCUGUGUGGGUCACCGUCCAUCACAGAGCCCUUAAACAACCUAUUACAAGGAAGACCAGAGGUUUCAGAAAGAUGCCCGUCAUGUCCGAAAUCACCUCCUCCAGCUCUCCAUCAGCCUCUCAACAGGAAUCUAUCAACCUGGCGUGUAACAUCACAGGCUUUUACCCUCCCGAAAUUAAAGUCAAAUGGCUAAAUCGGCGCAAGGACGAAGAGAAGGAAAUUAGGAAUGAAAGCUCGGAUGAAGGGACGGUGGAAUUAUGGGGGCCGAUCCAGACGGAGCCGAGGGUGUUCCGUGCCACGGCUGUGCUGAAGGACGUGAAGGAGGGUGAAGAAAUCGUGUGCAGGGUCGAGCACUGCUCCCUGAUUGAGUCUGUAGAGAAGGUCUGGAGGAGCUCUUACGUCGUAUCUCCUUCCAUUGCACAGUCCUUGUCUGUAACGUGGAGGAAUAAUUGUGUCGGGGUGUUUUCCUUGUGCCUCAAUGGAGGAGUUCCACUUCCCAAACUCCUGUGGGUUGCAGGGGGUUCCACUCUCACUCCGCUUGUCUCAAAAGAGAUACAGAAGGUCACUGACACAGGAGAAAUGGAGCUACUGAGCAUCUGUGCUUUGGUGAAGUGUACAGGAGUACAGGAAACUGAGCCCAAUUUGCAGAAUCACCAAAAUGGGCAUUUACAAAAUUCUAAUAAAGUGGAAAACGAAGCAGAAAACGAGACAGUAGUAAUGAUGGAAAUCGGACAGAAGUACCAAGAAACAGCCGAAGUUACAUCAGGAACUCAAGAUGAAGUCACAGAACUUGAGCCGUCCUUUGUAAACACGGUGUACAUGAAAACCGAGGAAGGAGCGGCGGAUAGAGAGUGUCUGAGUGUCACGGUGGAGAUUACCCAUCCUGCACUGAGCUUGCCUGUUUACCGGACUUGGACAGAGUCCUGAAGAGGAAGUACGACUACCGUUCAGCACACACAUUUAUUUAUGAGGAAGUUCAAUGAUCUAAACUCUAUUUUGCUUAUCAUUUACUUAUCUAACUCUGAGCCUCAAACAUAAAAAAAAUCAGUAUUUGGUUUGUGUUCUUAUUAUUGCUUUGUUUGUGGGUUUGGUAAAAUCUGUAAGUGUAUUUCAGUUUUAACACUAAUAACCUCUUUUGUAAAGGGAUUAAAAAAACACUAAAGGACGUAAAGCACUGAACUCUGAAGUUGACAUAAGUUAUUAAUAAUGUUUAAUGUUUAACAUUUGCUUGUUGCAUGCUUAUUAUAAUACAGCUUUUAUAAUAAACCUAAA